AUCAUGUGAUUCAAGUACCAGUGAAAGGCAGGAAAUGGAGUGGCCUAUUUUCCUUCAUAUCUCAUAUCUGAUGAAUUUUUCAAUUGACAUAUUAUUACCAUAGAUAUAAAUAGUACUGUAAUAUGAUAGCGUUGUAAAUGGGUCGAGAUAUAGAUGAUAAUAAUGUAUAAACAUUACACAUUGUGUUUGUUGUCCAUCUUUUUGUUUAUUUCUCUGUCUUAUUGUAAAAGAUUACAAAAUGUCUUAGUUCUUAUCGGUGAUGAUGCUGGAUUUGAAAGUCCAGUGUAUAAUAAUAAUAUAUGUAAAACACCCAACUUGAUGAAACUAGCAGAAAGAAGUGUUAUAUUCAAACAAGCUUAUACAUCUGUUAGUAGUUGUUCUCCAAGCAGAUCAGCAAUAUUAAGUGGAUUACCUCAACACCAGAAUGGAAUGUAUGGCUUACAUCACAAAGUACACCAUUUUAAUUCUUUUGAUAAAGUUAAAAGUUUACCACUUUUACUCCAGAAAGCUGGUAUCAGAACAGGUAUAAUUGGAAAGAAACAUGUCGGACCUGAAUAUGUUUAUCCAUUUGAUUUUUCUCAAACAGAAGAGAAUCAUUCAAUAUUACAGAUAGGAAGAAAUAUUACUUACAUGAAAAACUAUUUACAUCAAUUUUUAAACUCCAAUGAUACAAGGCCUUUCUUCAUGUAUAUUGGUUUUCAUGAUCCUCAUCGAUGUGGUGCAACUCAUCCGGAAUAUGGAUCAUUCUGUGAGAAAUUUGGAAAUGGUGAACCUGGAAUGGGUAGUAUUGUUGACUGGCAACCUGUACAUUAUAAACCUGAUGAUGUUAUUGUACCAUAUUUUGUACAAGAUACACCAAUGGCUAGAGCUGAUAUAGCUGCACAGUAUACUACUAUCAGUAGAUUAGAUCAAGGUAUUGGUUUAAUGAUAAAAGAAUUAGAAUUAGCUGGUGUUUUAGAUGAUACAUUAAUUAUAUACAGUUCUGAUAAUGGUAUACCAUUUCCUAAUGGUAGAACUAAUCUAUUUGAUGCUGGUAUGGCUGAACCUAUGUUGAUAUCAUCUCCAUACAAUACUCAUAGAUGGGCACAGCAAAGCAAUGCAAUGGUUAGUCUAGUGGAUAUCGUUCCUACUGUACUUGAAUGGUUUGGUCUACAUUAUCCAGAUUACAAGUUAAAUAAACAACUAGUUAAACUUACUGGAAAAUCUUUACUACCUAUUCUAAGUGAAGAGCCAGUCAGUGGCUGGGAUCAUGUAUAUGCUAGUCAUGACCUCCACGAGGUCACUAUGUAUUAUCCAAUGAGAGUUCUUCGUAAUAGACAAUAUAAACUUAUUCAUAAUUUAAACUAUAAAAUGCCAUUUCCAAUUGAUCAGGACUUUUAUUUAUCUCCAACAUUUCAAGAUAUUCUUACACGGACUCGUCACAAGGAAAAUCUGAAUUGGACGAAAUCUCUAAAAACAUAUUAUUAUAGACCUCAGUGGGAGCUAUAUGAUAUUGUAAAUGAUUCACAAGAACUAAAAAACCUGGCUUAUAAUAAGCAGUACCUUGAUGUUAUAAAAUCAUUAAGAAUAGAACUAAAUCAGUGGCAGAAUGUGACUGCAGACCCAUGGAUCUGUGCUCCAACCGGAGUAUUAGAAGCAUCAGGUACAUAUAAAACACAUCCAUCCUGUUUACCGUUAGAUAAUGGUAUGGAUGAAGAAGAUGAUGAAUUAGUUAAUAGAUACACAGUUCAUAUUAAUUGAUUUUCUAAUAUUCUUGAAGGUUUCUCUAUAGUCUUAAAUCCCAAGGGGGGGGGGGGGUAGAUGGCCGAAUGGUUAGCACGUGCACGCUGUAUCAUACGGUCUAUCAUUGAGUCAACUGGCGGGGUUUCGAUUCCCCGGUUGUACGUGAAAAGGAGUAGGCUCGCCUGUCCAACCUUGUAGGUUUUCUCCGGGUCCUCCGGUUUCCUCCCACUGCUAAAGACCCCUACGCGUAAGCGAAUUAUUGAAAUAAAAUGCCAUUUCCAAUUGAUCAGGACUUUUAUUUAUUCAUCACAUCAUUGUAAAUACUGAACAGAUAAUGUCCAGACAGGUAUUAAGGUAGAUUAAAAAGAGACAAAUCAAAAGAUGGCCCGUCUGUUAAGAAAUUUUAAAUUCAUGGUAUCCUUUGUAAAUAGUGAAUAGAAUUGAACUAUUGUUGGACUGAUAUUAAAAAGAAAGGAAUAAUUUAUAUUUUUAUACAUGCAUGUAAUUUUAUUGUAAAUAAUUACAUAUAAAUAAACAUAUAAAUAAACAUACAAAAAAAUAAACAAAAUA